AUGUUUUGCGAGUGUGGAUACACACUGCAGGGCAGUGCCAGAUUCUGUUCGCAAUGUGGGAAAGAGGUAUUGGCAACACAGACCACCCAAACUGUCCCUUGUCCCAACACAGUUCAAAAAGGCAAAAGAAUUCCAGUAUGUGGUGCAGAGAUCCAAAGCUCAGACAAGUUCUGCAGUGGGUGUGGCUGGUUUAUAAAUAUCAAAGCUUUUCUGCCAGGGGCUGUCAUGUGUGAUGGAAACAAACGCAGUGGAGAGCCGUGUGACAACAUAGUAACACCAAACAUCAGAUUCUGUUCAGAGUGUGGGAAGCCUCCAGAAAGUUGUCCUUCGCAGGAGACCUCUGCAUUAGCUGCUGUUGAGAAGACUGCCUUAACAGAAGCAGAUAGUGGAAAUACAAACCAAAAUGUCCAAGCAAACAAAACAUCAGAUGAUCAUACAAGUGAAGAUACGGACUUUGAAAUUGUGUCGGUCAGCUCUAGUGAGGGGGAAACACCAGUGAAGCGGAGCCACAGCUAUGAUGAAGCAUUAAAUCUAGAGAACAGCUCAGAUUUCUGCAAUGGACAGUUAGCUAACAUUGCCAAAGACUUGAAUUCUUCUACAGGAAUUCAAGAUUCAAAAUUGCAACAACAGGGAGAUUUUCAAGAGAAGGGAAUUAUGGAUUCCAUGGAGAUUGUAGACCUUCCAUCUGGAGAAUCAAUGGAGCAUGGUCUCGGAGAAGAGGGGGAAAAUGGAAAUACAACAAAUGAGAAAACUGACAAUCUGGAGAAAUUACCAGAUAAUAGAAUGGACACUACGAAUGAUAAAACUGGAAAUGUAGAAUGUACUCCAAAAAUGGACAUAUCACAAGGGGGUGAAAUCAGUAUUUCUAAUGAAACUAGUAGUGCCUUAAGUGAAACAAGUAAUACGGACCCACAUUCUUCUGAGAAUGUAGAGAAACCACAUACCACUCCAAGCCAGAAUGAAGGAGCAGAAGAUGAAGUGCGAGAUAGUGGAACACUCUCCACAGAGAACACAGUGUACAAGCCUACUUGGAGUCAAGAUGGUGGACAUGAGCAGCAGGUGAUCGAUGCCCUAAAGACAUUGGAUGUUAGAAAAAGGAAAUCUCCAGACAGAGACAUUCCAGAGGUUGGCAAGAAACCUCACCUGUCAGAAAACCAACCAGAUGGUGAUGACAAUGGGAAUAAGCAAGAUUCUAACGAGGAGGGAAUUGAGGAUGAUGAUCAAACAACAGAUGAUGAGGAUGAGGAUGACAAUGAUAAAGAUGGAGAUGAAGGAGGAAAUAAUGAUGAUGAAAGUACAAAUCAGAAUAGAUCCAAAAAGAGUAAAAAAGGAACUGGACAGAAGAAGAAGAAGAAGGGUAAACUGAAAUAUCAGAAGAAAAAAGGUCAGUUGGCAGAUAAACCUACUGAUAACAAAGAAGAAGAAAUAAAAGAGGGUUCAUUGAAAAAGGCACAGAAGAAAAAAACAGAGACACAAAAUACAACUUCUGAUGUAUCAGAAAUACCACAUAAGCAAGAGAAAAAUGAAGAUAAUGAGAAAUUCAAAUCACAGGCAAAUGCUGGUUGUAUUGAUUUAAAAAAAUCAACAGAAAAAAUUCAGCAGCAAAAUUCAUCAAAUGAUGGAAGGGCAAGCAAGGAAACAAUGACUGCUCAGCUUAAAAACGUAGAAAACAAUCUUGGGUCAGUGCAAGACUUCGAUAAAAGUGACCCACAAAGGAGGAAUACAGAAAAAGAGCAAGCCUAG